UGCCAACUGGGCCUAGCCGAAUUUCCCCCGACGACGACGAAAGACGAAAGCGAGCCCCAACGACGACCGAUACGCCAAACCUAUCGCCCACCGACCAACCCGAACCCCUCCGACAACUAUAUCCCAAGAUGCCUAAGCAGGUUCACGACAUCAAGCAGUUCAUUGAGCUGUGCCGACGAAAGGAUGCUUCGUCUGCCAGGAUAAAGAAGUCCACCAAGGGUGCUUCGCAGAUCAAGUUCAAGGUCCGCUGCAGCAGACACCUCUACACCCUUGUCCUCAAGGACACCGAGAAGGCCGAGAAGCUCAAGCAGUCGCUUCCUCCUGGACUCACCAUCACCGACGUUCCUUCCGUUUCCAAGAAAUAAAUGUUCGGCGAACGGUAGACUGGGUGUGAGGGAGGCAUGAUGUUUCGGCGAGGGGCGUAAAUGUGUACUAUGGAUGUAGACACAUUGGGCAAAUGAAAAAAAGGCUGCCUUCAGGUCCAGCUGGCGUUACCUAACUGUUUGUUUCUCUUUUCUGGCUUUGCGGGUCGGUCAUGAUAAAAGGCGCUACAAUGGCUUUCUUUUUGGUCCAAACGAUGUACCCAACCCCCACAGCUUGCACACGUGUGAACGAGUGAUGGCAUCGGCCUGCUGCCCAAGUACCUAUGACGGCCAACAUCUUCGUAGGACCAACAUCUUCAG